AUGCUACUCAUACCCCACUCCCCGCCACUUUUUUUCCUUUUCCCACGUGACAAAGGAAAACUCUCUCUCUCUCUCUCUCUCUCUCUCUCUCUCUUCGACCAGCCCCACCCGAACAAACUUCCGACUUUUCCAUUCUUUUUCCCGAUGAACCUCAUUACCCACCCGGAGUCAAAGAGGUCAACUGCUUUAUCGACAUCGCCCUUUGUCAUAUGUUAUCACUUUUCUUUUACAAACGCCUACUACUGUUUCUUUUCACAUGUUUUUUCAUGUUCUCCUCUGCAUUCUCAUGGGCUUCUCCCCUACACAUUAUUCGUCUUCAGCAUUCCUUUAUCACUCCUAAUCAUUUAUGUAGCAUCCGGCAGUUUUCAGGAAGUUGUGGACGGGAUACUUUAUUUUGUCCAGUGGAUUACAUUUAAUUUUCAUUCUCAACCAUCUCUCACCAACGCCGAGUCAACCGCCUUUUCUCGUUCCGCUCGCUUUCCAAGUCUUUUUUUUCUUUUGUCCCUUCUUAUUCUAUCUCUCUCUUUUUCUCUUUCUCUCUCUCUCUCUCUCUCUCUCUCUCUCCAACAUUAUUCUUAUCUUCUUUGCAAUUUGUACAUAUCGUUCACGCUUUCUUUCUCCAAUUUCUCGUCGUUCUCAUCCUCCCCCUCCUCCUCAUCAUCAUCCUUCUCAUCAUCCUUGUUCUUCUUCCUUCUUCUUCUUCUUUCUUUUCCUUCUUUCUCUUCCUUCUUCUUCUUUCUCUUCCUUCUUCUUCUUUCUCUUCCAUCUUCUUCUUCUUCCUCUUCUUCUUCUUCCUCUUCUUCUUCUCCCUUCUUCUUCUUCCUCUUCUUUUUCUUCUUUCUCUUCCUUCUUCUUCUUCUUCUUCUUCUUCUUCUUCUUCUUCUUCUUCUUCUCUCCAGACUCCCAAAUAAGUUCCCUCUCUUUUUCUUUCCUAUUUUAUUCUUAUCUACUCUGCAAUUUGUACAUGACCUUCACACUUUCCUUCUCAAGUUUCUUCUUCUUGCUCUUGUUGUUGUUGUUGUUCUUCUUCUUCUUCUUCUUCUUCUUCUUCUUCUCUCCACACUCCCUAAUAAAUUCUCUUUCUUUCUCUUUCAUACUUUAUUCUUAUCUUUGCAUUCUGCACAUGUCCUUCACACAUUUUUCUCCAACUCUAACUUUUUUUCUCUCCCUACACACACACUGUCUCUCUCUCUCUCUCGUUUUCACUUCCUCCUCUUUUGUCUCUCCAUCCCCUUCUCUCUCUUACGCACUUUCCCUCUCUUUCUCUCGUGA